AUGUUGCAGAGAGCAGCGAGCAAUGCGUAUUCAUGGUGGUGGGCCAGCCACAUACGCACAAAACAAUCCAAAUGGCUCGAACACAAUCUCCAAGAUAUGGAGGAGAAGGUAAAGUACACACUUAAGAUCAUUGAUGGAGAUGGAGACAGUUUUGCUAAAAGAGCGGAGAUGUAUUACCGUAAAAGGCCAGAGAUUGUCAAUUUCGUGGAAGAAGCAUUUCGUUCAUACCGUGCUUUAGCAGAACGCUAUGAUCAUUUGUCCACAGAACUUCAAAGUGCCAAUCAUAUGAUCGCUACCGCUUUCCCUGAACAUGUUCCAUUUCCUCUUGUUGAUGAUGAUGACGAUGAUGAUGAUGAUAAUCCCAAGAAACCACCUAAGCAUCUUCAUCUCAUUCCCAGUGGAACUAACAUACCACAAGUCCCUGAGGUUCCCAAGAAAGAGUUCAAGAGCCAAUCUCUGAUGGUGUUGUCGAGAAAGGAACCUGGUGUUUUGCAAAGUUCGGAAACAUCUUCUGCAUUGGUGAGUUCCGGAUUGAGUAGAGAAGAGGCAUUGGAGGAGAUCGAUAAGAUCCAUAAGGGGAUCUUGGUGCUGCAGACUGAGAAGGAGUUUGUGAGAAGUUCUUAUGAGCAGUCCUAUGAUAGGUAUUGGAAUUUGGAGAAUGAAGUUGAAGAAAUGCAGAAGAGAGUUUGCAGUUUACAAGAUGAGUUUGGGGUUGGUGGAGAGAUCGAAGAUGGUGAAGCUAGGACGCUGGUGGCAACCGCUGCUCUAAGCUCUUGUAAAGAGACAAUUGCUAAGCUUGAGGAGACGCAGAAGCGAUUUUCUGAAGACGCCGGAAUUGAGAAGGAAAGGAUUGAUACUGCAACAGAAAGGUGUGAAGCACUGAAGAAAAAGUUUGAGAUUAAGGUAGAAGAACAAGCCAAGAAAGCUUUUCAUGGUCAAGAAUCGAGUUAUGAAUCUGUGAAAGAAUCGAGACAGAUUGAUUUGAAUGAGAACUUGAGUAAUGUUGACUUUGCAGAGAAGAUAGAUGAGCUUGUAGAGAAAGUGGUUUCUCUGGAAACAACAGCUUUGUCUCAUACGGCUUUGUUAAAGACAUUAAGAUCAGAGACAAAUGAGUUACAGGACCAUAUCCGUGAUGUAGAGAAAGACAAGGCAUGUCUUGUAUCAGACUCCAUGGACAUGAAGAAAAGGAUAACGGUCCUUGAAGAUGAGCUAAGAAAAGUUAAAAACCUGUUCCAAAGAGUGGAAGACCAGAACAAGAAUCUUCACAAGCACUUGACUGAAGCUAAUAGUACAGCUAAGGACUUAUCAGGGAAGUUACAGGAAGUGAAAAUGGAUGAAGAUGUCGAAGGUGAUGGACUUAACCCAGAGGACAUCCAGGAGGAGGAUACUGUUGAGGAUUCGGAUUCAAUAUCAAACGAGAGAGAGAUAAAGAAUGCAGAGGAAAUUAAAGAGGCCAUGGUAAUCAAACAGAGCAGAGAUCAAGAGUCGAUGCAGGAAGAGAAAUCAGAGACAAGAGACUCUUGUGGUGGUUUAUCAGAAACAGAAAGCACUUGCUUUGGUACAGAGGCGGAAGAUGAGGAGAGGAGAAACUGGAGGCAGUUGUUACCCGCAGAUGGCAUGGAGGAUAGAGAGAAGGUUCUAUUGGAUGAAUACUCAUCAGUACUAAGAGACUAUAGAGAAGUGAAGAGAAAGUUGAGUGAAGUUGAGAAGAAGAACCGUGAUGGCUUCUUUGAGCUGGCAUUGCAGUUGCGAGAGCUCAAGAAUGCUGUUUCUUGCGAAGACGUGGAUUUUCAUUUCUUACACCAGAAACCAGAAUUGCCCGGCCAGGGUUUUCCUCAUCCAGUAGAAAGAAACCGGGCUGAAAGUGUGAGCAUCUCUCAUAGCUCUAACUCUUCAUUCUCCAUGCCACCACUUCCUCAAAGAGGAGACUUGAAGAGAGCAUCUGAACAAGAAAAGGAAGACGGGUUUAAGGUGAAAUUUGCAGGCAUUAGUGACAGCCUAAGAAAGAAAAUUCCAACUGUGGAAGAAAAAGUGCGUGGAGAUAUUGAUGCGGUGCUGGAAGAGAAUAUUGAAUUCUGGUUAAGAUUUAGCACAUCUGUUCAUCAGAUACAGAAGUACCACACAUCAGUUCAAGACCUGAAAGCAGAGCUAUCGAAAAUUGAAAGCAAGCAACAAGGUAAUGCUGGGAGCAGUAGUAACACUGCACUUGCAUCAGAGGCAAAGCCUAUAUAUAGACACCUUAGAGAGAUUCGGACAGAGCUGCAGUUAUGGCUAGAGAACAGUGCAAUUCUGAGAGACGAACUUGAGGGUAGGUAUGCAACACUUUGCAAUAUCAAAGAUGAAGUUUCAAGGGUCACGUCUCAAUCGGGUGCAACUGAAGUAAGCAAUACAGAGAUAAGAGGUUACCAGGCUGCAAAGUUCCAUGGUGAGAUACUUAACAUGAAACAGGAGAACAAAAGGGUGUUCAACGAACUUCAAGCAGGCCUUGAUCGUGCAAGAGCACUGAGAGCUGAAGUGGAAAGAGUUGUAUGCAAACUAGAAGAGAAUCUUGGGAUUUUGGAUGGGACGGCUACAAGAUCUCUGAGCAAGAGAAUGCCAUCAUCAGCUGGAAAGCCUAGGAUUCCACUAAGGUCAUUCUUGUUUGGUGUCAAGUUAAAGAAGUAUAAACAACAACCGAAGCAAACCUCAACAAUCUUCUCUUGUGUCAGUCCAUCUCCAGCUCUGAACAAACAGUGUAGUUACAUUAUCCCACCUGCAAAGCUCCCUGAAUAUGUCAAAAGAAGCUGA